AUGCACACGCAUACGCAUCCGGAAAAUCAGCAGCGGCAACACCAUCACCAUCUUCAUCACCAUCAUCACCAUCAUCAUCGUAGUCGCUUGGACGAGCUGGAGAAACGUACAAGUAGCAGCAGCAGCAGCAGCAUGAUCUUUCGCAUUGAGCAAUUGCUACCCAGCACCAGCAAUACCAGCAGCUCCAUUACACAAGCUCCAGCAGCAGCAGCAGGUGGAGUUGGAACCGGAACCGGAACGGGAACGGGAGCCACUGCUCCAGCAAGCACGGCAAGCACAAACAGCACCACCAUGUUGACAAAGAGAGGUCGAAGAGAUGCACUGCGUCCAGGUGUUUAUACUCUACAAUAUACAACAAAGGAUACUUUCUCCAAUACUGUGGCCACAUCAGAUUUAAUUAAUUCAUCGGCCAUGCCAACGGAUAUUACCAGAAGUCAUUGCCAGAUCUCUGCCAGCAAUGGUGAAUUAAUCAUGUCGGCCAGUCUACUGCGUCAGAUUAAACUAUCCGAAGAUAUAUAUAGCUUUAAUGCCAUCUUUGAGUUGAGUGGCGGACAAGUGCGCAUACGUCUGGUCCGUGAUGUGGCCAGGGAUGAUGAAAUUGUGGCCUGGUUUGGAGAAGAAUUGGUCCUAUUAAUGGGUAUACCCUUUCUGACGCCUCUCAAUAUACAAGGCAAUAAUCGGUAUACAUGCCAUUUAUGCCACUUAACCUUUGAGACGCCGCAUCCUUUAAAGAUUCAUUUGGCCUUGGGCUGUGGUCGCAAUGCCAUGGAUAUAUUAUGGAUGCGUUUGCAUUAUGCAUUGAAAGCUGCCGCAGCACAGACCACCACACAAUCGGUUCGAGGACAAUUAUCACCUAAGCCGACAGCUUCGUCAGCAUCAUCAUCGGCCUCACCGACGCAUUCACCGACACCACCACAAAUGCCUAUCCAACGCUUCUCAGCCUUUCGUCCAAUAUCCGGAUUGCAGACUUUGACUCCACCGCCACCGCCUGCAGCCACCGCUGCCACACUCUCGUAUCUGCCAUCAAUUUCCAUGGCUGCCACAUCUGGAGCACAUCACUCGCAUCUGAAUGCUGCUGCCCAGAUUGAGGCAAUUGUCAGCAAUAUGGGUGCCUCCAAGCAGGGCCAUUUGUGCAUAUAUUGCGGCAAGGUAUAUUCCCGCAAAUAUGGCCUCAAAAUUCAUAUUCGCACUCACACCGGGUUCAAGCCACUGAAAUGUAAAUUUUGUCUACGCCCCUUCGGUGAUCCCAGCAAUCUCAACAAGCAUGUCCGUCUUCAUUUGCAAACUCAGCCCAAUUCGACCACAAGUGGCCAUAGCAGUGACGUGGACAUUGAGGGUGAAACCGAUGCCGAUCGGUCAGGUCAUCAGUGUCGUCUGUGUCAAAAGGGUUUUGCCCGUCGACGUGAUCUCCAAAGGCAUAUGGAAACCAGACAUGGUGGUGGUGGUGGCAGUUCCUCCAUGCAAUCACCGACAACUACAAGCACUAUAACCGGCUCCACUUCCACAUUAUCCAAAACGAGUUGA